CUACAGUUGAUCAUCCGGUAAAACAGAAGAAGAGACAAACAAACAAAGGAGAUUAUCAAAAUGUGAAGAUGAUCCGGACAAAUGAUUAAUGAAGAUCAAUCCAAUUAGAGAAAAAUUUUUUUUCUCUUUUUCUAUUAUCGUUAAUUGUUUUCAAAAAUUUUCCAAAUUUGUCUGGUAAUCAUUUGGUUUUCUUUCCGUUAAUUUAACGAUGGACCAAAGAAGAGGUCAGAGUGGACAUCGAAAUGGACAACGAAAUAGGAAUCGAUCUAGACGCCGUUCGAGCUCAUCAAAUCAGACCUGGCCUUGGAUUGCGAUAGUUGCAGUUAUUUUUUACUUCAGCAUAGAUGACAGACUAAAAGAUAAGAUUAAGGAGCCUAAUUUAUUUGACUCGUUUGAAGGUCCAUGGGCUGAUAACAAUGUCCUACUUACAACGGAAAAGGUUUUAACCGAUCAUCUUUAUGGACCCGAAAGUUUAGCUAAAUACAAAGGUAACCUUUAUACUGGAAUAUCUAAUGGUCAGAUUGUCCGAAUUGAAGGAGUGGAUAAAGUUUCCAAAGUAGUUCAAUUUGGAGAUGAAUCUUGUGCUAAUCAACAUGGUAAAAAAGCCUGUGGACGACCUUUGGGAAUUCGUGUCACCUCAUCGGGAGAUUUGUAUACAAUUGAUGGUCUUAAUGGACUGAUAAAAGUGACCAAUAUUGAUGGAACUUCAGGUCAACCCGAAUUUAAACUCUUGUUUAAUAUAAGCUCACCUGUUGAUGGUAAUUCAAGCGCUUUUCUUGACGAUUUGGUGAUUGAUGAAAGUGAUGGUGAUAAAAUUAUCUACAUAACCGAUGCCAGUUCCUUAUGGGAUUUGAAUGACUGUGUAGCCGCUUACAUGGAUAUGGAUGAUUCGGGACGCAUUUUAAGGUACACUGAGUCUACUGGUUCGAUUGAUGUUGUUCUGAGUGGAUUGGCCUUUCCAAAUGGUAUCGAAUUAACUGAUUCUAAAGAUGCCCUGUUAAUUGGUGAAUUCACUCAUAGAAGAAUUUUAAAAUACUACUUAACUGGACCAUCUAAAGGUACCACUGAAGUGUUGAUUAAUUUACCAGGGGAACCAGAUAAUAUCCGUCGAUCUGCACGUUCGGAUGUUGAAACUUAUUGGAUUGCAGUGUUUUCACCUCGAACCAAAAAAACUCCAUCUUCUAUUGAUUAUUAUUCCGAACGACCAUUUCACCGCAAGUUUAUGAUUACAGUUUAUCGAAUCAUUGGAACUUUGUACAAUAUUAUUGGAGUAAUUUUAAAUUCUGAUGCUUUGGUGGCCGAAGGUGAAUUGAAAAGUUCACUUUGGUCUUUCGUUGGUCCCAAUAGUCGAUCGAUGGCUUUAGAAAUUGAUUCUAAAGGAAAUGUCAUCAAUUGUUUACAUUCUAACGAUGGUUACUUUGGACCAAUAUCUGAAAUUCAUGACGAAAUCGAUGAAAAUGGUCGACGAACUUUAUAUCUUGGCUCAUUUACUAAUAAUUAUCUCGGUGUCUUAACCCUUGAAAGUUAAUAAUAAUUAACAAGAAAAUAUUCCAAUCAUCAAAUUGAUCAACUUUUUUACACUAAAAACAAUCCUUUUUUUAAAAAUAACAAUCAAAUCGCUAAAUAAUCCCAUGUAUUAUGAACUGUUUAGCUAUUCAACAAUUAACAAUACUUUCAUUUAUUUACAA